CGUAAUAGCUGAGGUGGACAUUUAUUGCUGUUGCUCUCCAAAUCCCAUCCCUAGACCUCGCGCGAUGCUCUAAGCAGCAGAGAAUCGUCAUUCUCGCCCGAGAUUCUGCUUCUUAACCUGCUCAGCCGCGUGCUGGCUGAUGGGGAGAAAAUGACUGGAGGCACGGGUCAGAAGUUCACUUCGGCGACCACUGUGAUCGCGGGUGUCGCGUCCCUCGCCGCGACACUGCUCUCCAUAGUGUCGAUAUGGUUUCAGCUGAAAAACUACCGGAAGCCGGUGUUCCAGCGAUAUGUCGUACGGAUCCUUCUAAUGGUACCGAUAUACUCGGUUUCCUCGUGGUCGAGUAUCGUAUCCAUAAGGCUGGCGUUCUGGUUCACCCCUAUUAGGGACAUCUAUGAGGCCUUCACCAUCUACACCUUCUUCCAGUUGUUGAUCAACUACCUUGGCGGCGAGCGGGCUCUGAUCAUCAUGACCCACGGUCGAGAACCGGUGCAGCACCUUUGGCCGCUCAACCAUGUCCUCCCUCGCGUCGAUAUAUCCGAUCCCCACACCUUCCUCGCCAUCAAGCGCGGCAUCCUGCAGUACGCCUGGCUGAAGCCGAUCCUCAGCCUGGCCGCCAUCAUUAUGAAGGCGACUGGGACAUACCAGGAGGGCUAUAUUAGCCUCGAUUCCGGCUACUUCUGGAGCGGCAUCAUCUACAACCUCAGUGUCACCGUGAGUCUGUAUGCGCUGGGUCUUUUCUGGGUGUGUAUGCACAACGACUUGAAGCCCUUCCGGCCGGUUCCAAAGUUCCUCUGCAUCAAGUUGAUCAUCUUCGCCUCGUACUGGCAAGGUUUCUUUCUCUCCAUCCUCGUCUGGCUCGGUGCCAUCCCCGACGAUGUCCAAGGGUACACUCCGGACAACUUGGCCGCUGCCAUUCAGGACUUCCUGAUCUGCCUCGAGAUGCCGGGGUUCGCCAUUGCGCACUGGCACGCCUUCUCUUGGCAUGACUUUGCCGACAAUCGGAUCUCGUCGGCCAGAAUGCCGGUGUGGUAUGCCAUGAGGGAUGCCUUUGGGAUCAGGGACCUCAUUGAGGACUCCAAGGAGACGUUCAAGGGCGACAAGUACGGAUACCGCAUAUUCGACUCGGGGGACAAGAUCAUGGCCCACGAAGCCUCUCGGUCGAGACUGGCGAGGAUCAAGGACGGCAUGCGAUACGAGCGAGGAGGCAAGGGGAAAUACUGGAUCCCAACGCCGAACGAGAUCAACCAGACCACGCCGCUCCUCGGCGCGAAUGGCGGGCCUAGCAGCAGGAGAAACGAGCUACUCUCUCCGCAUGGCGAUAGUCCCGAAGAUCCUAUUCUGGAUCAGGACGAGGAGCUGCUUUAUGCCAAGGCCAGGAAGCUGGAAUAUGGCGAUUGGAAUUACCCCGUCGUCACAGCGAAUGAGCCUCUGCGGGACCGGUACCACUCCCCACACCCGUUCUAUCAAGCAAGCCCGACAAACAGCUUCUACCGACAGACGGAAUCGACCCCCGUCCCCUCUCUCAAUCCCUCCGCGCCACUGGAUAGACGGAAGAAGCUGGCUCCCGAGGGGCUUCAAGUGGCUGCUGAAAGGAAGAAAGGCAAACAGAAGCAACGGUCCGACGCCGGGGAAGCCGGCUCAAGCCAAGGAGCUGGCAAGGAUCCGCUGGAGAUAGCGUACGGGCCUAUCGUGGGCACAGAUCCCGUCAUAACGGAGGACGACUUCGAAGUCGACACCGCGGGCGGUAUGCAUCAUCCCCAGCCAGCAAUGGAUCGAUCAGGAGAAUCAUCACCAGGUCACGGAACCCCUGUCGGGGAGGAGGCUGGCCAGGAUGAGAGGUCGAGCGAGCAUGGGAGCGAACCUUCACCGACGUUCUCAAUCGGUGGUGACGAGGAUGAGUUCAGAAACGUCUGGGGCAAGUAGACGCUGCGGGGGGGAGUGGGGGGACGACAUGCCCCCAUUAUGUCACAAUGGGAGUAACAAGAUACCCACAGUCUGUCAUCAUAAUAUAGAUGGCCAUAUCAUGGCGUUGUUGGAGUUGGCUUCAGCAUUUGCCCCGGUUUGGGGUAUAUACAUAUAGAAAUAAAUGCAUUGUAUACUCUAGGGCAAUAUCUUGAUGAGCUUUUCUUCCCAG